ACUUCCAUGUUCUAAAACAGUAUCAUGUAUGCCAGCGCCAUGGUGCCAACGGACAGUAGACUCAGAUGGCUGCCCGAAAUGUUCCUGCUCUAUGGGUAGAUUUUCCGGUGGACUCGCAGGUAAAGGUGGUACUCUCGGGUUGUCGAGUUCAAGGAAUAGAUUCCCAGGAAUGUCGUCAAUGUUGGGCUCGGGGAUGCAUGGCUCCCCAGGAAUGUCGUCAAUGUCUGGCUCGGGGAUGAAAGGCUUUCCAGGAAUGUCGCCAAUGUUUGGCUCAGGGAUGAAUGGCUUUCCCGGUUUUCCUAGCUUUAAUGGAAAAGGCAAAUAUAAACCUUCGAAUAAGCUUUGCUUGGCUUGGGUUGUUGCUUACAAUUACACCAAUAUACAUGCUCAUUAUGCUUAAUUAUGCUUUGCAUUCGUCAGUUUUAGAUUUUAGGACCAGACUGCAACCAGUGAACAAUUGCCAACACACAGUUGCAAUGUCUGACCCGUAUACGUAAAAAUAAUUUAAUUUUUAAAAUUAUUGAGUAAAAUUGAAAUGUCGGAAAGAAACAAUGUCAAAGAUAUUACUUAGUAACAAGUGAACCUUAUUUUAUUUUUUUGUCAUGUUAAUUCAAGAACUCGUAUACAGAGCAGUAUUCAAUAUUUUAUUCAUAAAUAUGGGUAGAAACAUAAUGUACACUUUACUUAAUAUAAAUUUUACGUCUUAUUUGAUAUGUUAACCAAAACAUUGAGAUGAAUCCGUGAUUCUUAGUCAAGGUUGUCUUCGUUGUAUCAGAUGAAGUUUACAGAUAGAGAAUAGUGGUCCCAAACCAGAAAGAAUAGAGAAAUGGACAAAAAAUAGAGAAAACAUAGAGAAAAAUGGACAAAACAUAAAAAAUAAUAGAUAGAGAGUAUAACAUAAAAAUAAAAAAUAGAGAAAUGAAACCCACCGCAACCAAAUGUCAUAUGUUAGUCACCAUAUGGUGACAAUAUUAAUAUGGAGGUCAUCUAAUAAUCGAUUUAUCGGUUGCAAUUGCAUGCUUUUUAUGAUCGAAACGUUUUGUAUUUACCAGCAAAAUUCUCUGAUUUUUUAUUCAGCCUUUAAAUUGAUAUAUCAAAAUAAUGUUAAAAUGUUGACAACUGCUUUUUUUUUAAGGUCAAUCUUCAUUUAUGAAUCCAAUGGCUUCCAUGCUUCAUCAAAUGGGUGGAAGUGGCGGUUUCAACAGCUUGACAGGACCAUCCGGAAUAGGUACGGGUGCAUUACCAAACUCUAACCAACCAGUCCCAACAACAAAGACAGCAUGUGACAGCGCCCCCUACACGUGCUCGCUGCCUCCACCAUGGUGUCAAAGGGUCGUCAAUUCUGACGGUUGUGUUGUUUGUUAUUGUGGACAAGAAUUACAGCAACAUUUUGAAAAUAUACAGACGGGAAAGAACAACCAAUCAACGCCAAGUGAAUCAAACAUAACGGGAAAACCAACGCUCAAAACAUUACAGGAAGUAUUAACUACGACUGUGCCAACACAAGCCACAACGACUUCCUGUUUACAAAAUUUCUUUUGUACCACAACAUGUGAUCAUGGUUACAUGACAGACACAAACGGAUGUCCACUAUGUCAGUGUAUACAGCCUGGUAGUUCUGGCGUCGUAACUACGGAUGACCCAGUUACAAAGACUACUACAGUGUCACCAAUUGUCACUUCCGGAAGUUCAGCUGGUACAAUCAUGUGUCCUGGUAUAUUUGACUGUACUCUAAUGUGUAUGUCAGGAUACCAGAUAGACUCACAAGGAUGCCCUGUGUGUAAAUGUCUUGAUGGAUCACAGACUUGAAAUAAAUCGUUUGUUUUGUUA